AUGAACGGCGGAGGAAAAGUGGUCUGCGUCACCGGUGCUUCCGGGUACAUAGCUUCUUGGAUUGUUAAGCUUUUGCUCCUCCGUGGCUACACCGUCAGGGCUACGGUUCGAAAUCCAAGGGACACGGCGAAAACAGAACAUCUUCUUGCACUUGAGGGUGCAAAAGAAAGGCUAAAACUGUUCAAAGCAGAUCUUCUGGAAGAAAAUUCCUUCGAGCAAGCUAUCAAAGGUUGCGACGCUGUCUUUCAUACGGCUUCUCCGGUUAAGUUCAUCGUCACGGAUCCUCAGACUGAGCUGAUAGAUCCAGCCGUGAAGGGAACUAUUAACGUUCUUAACACAUGCAAGAAAAUUUCCUCCGUCAAAAGAGUCAUUUUAACAUCGUCCACUGCUGCGGUUCUUGUUCGUCAACCCCCUUUGGGGCCAAACGACGUGGUGGACGAGACUUUCUUCUCCGAUCCAAGUUUUUGCAUGGAAACAAAGUUAUGGUAUCCACUCUCCAAAACUUUGGCAGAGAAUGUAGCGUGGGAAUUUUCCAAGGAAAACGGAAUGGAUAUGGUCGUGAUAAAUCCAGGAUUUAUAAUCGGGCCACUUUUGCAACCAACCCUUAAUUUCUCGGUAGGGAUGAUUGUGGAUAUCAUAAAUGGUAGGAACCCUUUCAAGUCAAUAUACUACAGGUUCGUGGACGUGAGAGAUGUUGCCUUGGCUCAUGUCAAAGCCUUGGAGACUCCUUCAGCCAGUGGCAGAUACAUAAUAGAUGGCCCCAGUAUGACGAUAUACGACAUUAAAGAGACUAUACGUAAAUUAUUUCCAGAUUUGUGUAUUGCUGAUACGAUAGAAGAAGUUGAGAUGAAAGAAUUCAUUUACAAAGUGUGUUUGAAGAAAGUGAAGAGCUUGGGAGUUGAGUUCACUCCUCCCGAAUCAAGCCUUAGAGACACUAUCAUUAGCGUCAAAGAAAAAUGUCUCUUAUGAGGAUGAUCAUGCUCAUAUAUGUAUUUACAACUUUAUUUUAUUAUCAUGUAUUAAUUGAAGUUGUAGAGACUUGAGGUUGAACCAUUUUUGCAACCAACUCUUACAAAACAGAAAUUUCGCUCAGAACAACUAUAUGCUCGUGGACGUGAGAGAUGUUGCCCCUCUCAUCUCAAAGCACUCAUGAUACACGCAGCCAAUUGUAGAUUGUGACGAG